AUGCUCUCCCCACCGAAACAGGACUCCUCUCGCAACAUGCAUAUUGAAGAGGCGCCUGUGAACGCCUCUCAACUUGUUGAUGAGAUCGAAGAGGCUAAAGAUUUAACUCUCAAUAAGGCAUAUGGAAACUCGGUCGGGUAUAAAGAGUAUCGAGAGGGGCUAGAGAUUUCCGUCUCAGAGAAGGAGAACUCUCGAGUCAGAUGGAAAAUUGAUCUCGUUGUUCUUCCAAUUUUUCUUAUCACCCAAGCCCUGCAAUUCAUGGACAAAACCGCAUUGAACUAUGCAAAUCUUUUGGGUUAUCAAAAGGCUCUUGGCCUUCAUGGUCAGCAAUUCAAUUAUCUUUCUGCAAUGGUAUAUGCCGGGUACUUCUUUGGACAGUAUCCUUGUGGGUGGCUAGUAGGCCGAUUCCCCGCACAGCGUGUCCUUGGUCUGAGCUGUUUUAUUUGGGGCUUGAUGGUUAUAAUCAUGACUCAAUGCCACACCUUUUCCAGUGCACUUGCAAUCCGUUUCAUUAUGGGAUUGUUCGAAGCUGCAGUUACACCAGGGUUGACCCUAAUGACUGGUUUCUGGUAUACCCGACAAGAGAUUCCACUUCGUCAGUGCAUUUGGUACUCUGCUUUAGGGUGGGGUGGCAUUGUCGGCUCUUAUAUUUGUUUUGGCAUCACUAAGCUACCGGUCAAUUUUGAGCCAGAACGUUGGAAGAUACUCUUCUACAUCCUAGGCUCGGUAACGUGCCUCUGGGCAGCGGUCAUUAUCUUCGUUCUUCCCGAUGCACCCUCGAGCGCAUUUUUCUUGUCAAAGACUGAGCGUAUCAUUGGGAUCAAAAGAGUGGCAGGUAAUGAGACAGGUGUUAAAACGAAAACCUUCAACGCCAAGCAAGCAAUAGUCGCAUUGUCUGACCCUAAAGCUAUCUUACUCUUUGUCUCAGUUUUUGCAGCAGCGAUUCCAAAUGGUGUCGUCAACUCGUUUUCCACAAUCAUCAUAGAGGAUAUGGGAUUUUCGACCACCAAGACUACAGAGCUCAAGUCUGUUGGAGACGCAGUCCAAAUCAUCGCACUGGUCAUUGGCGGCGCAAUAACGCUGAAUAUACCCAACAGCAGAUUGCUCACUGCGACUGCAGCUAACAUCAUGUGCACGGUUGCCGCCGCAUGUAUGGCAUAUUUACCACGCGAACAGAAGUGGGAGAGACUGGCUUGUUUCUGGCUUGUCAAUGCCCAGUCGGUAGGAUUCACAAUCUCGCUUGUCACGAUAUCCUCAAACAUGGCUGGCUACACUCACCGUGCCAUGGCCAAUGCUCUUGUGUUGUUAUCGUCCCCACUGAUUCACCCUUUUUCUAGCACUGCCUAUUGCUGGGGUAACUUUGCUGGGCCAUUUGUGGUCAAACCUUCCCAAGCCCCCGAGUACAAAGGUGCUACGAUUGGCCUUCUUGUUGGAUGCGCAAUCAAAGCGGGCUGCCACAUAUGCCUAUAUCUUUACAUGUUCAUCGUCAAUCGGCGUCGAGACUCAGUUUAUGGUCUGCCGGAUAAGGCUCGGAGCGAUGAAGCUGGCAUGCAGGAUUACACUGAGUUUGAGAACAAGAAUUUCCGUUAUGUAUUAUAA